AUGUCCAGCAAGACAUCUGUGAACAUGUUGUGGCACAAGAGAGGCACCAACUAUGACGGUUUCUUGAGGCAUCCCAGAGACGGCGAGGGUUGGAAAGCAUUUGACAUGAGAUAUACUGACUUUUCUGGCGAUCCGCGCAGUGUUCGCUUAGCCUUGGCCAGUGAUGGCUUCAAUCCUUAUGGAAACCUCAGUUCAAAGUACUCAAUAUGGCCAGUGAUUCUUAUUCUAUACAACUUACCCCCAUGGAUUUGCAUGAAACAAACCAACUUUAUACUCUCUACGAUCAUUCCCGGUCCUAAAAUGCCUGGCAAUGACAUAGAUGUAUACCUACAACCCCUAAUCAAUGAGUUGAAGCAGUUGUGGGCCGGUGUUGAUACCUACAACGCCAGUGAGAAGAAAACAUUCAAGAUGUGUACUGCGUUGAUGUGGACUAUCAGCAAUUUUCCUGGCUUGGGCAAUUUAUCUGGUUGGAAUACAUACGGCGGGAGAGCCUGCCCCACGUGUAAUUUGGAUGCCGAGACUAUGCGACUCACCUUCAGUCAAAAAUGGUGUUAUAUGGGUCAUUGGCGCUUCUUGAAUCGCGAUCACAGAUAUAGACAAGACCGGAUUAGAUUUAAUGGUAAAGUAGAGGAUAGAUCCCCACCUACCAAAUUGACUGACAGUGAUGUCCUGAGACAAUUGGAGGGUGUGCCCGUCUCACAGGGCAAGGUGCAAGCGAUGGGCAGUAAAAGAAGAGGUGGCCAGCAGACUGUGGUGCAAGACGAGUCACCCUGGAAGAAGAGGAGUGUAUUCUUUGAUCUGCCAUACUGGGAGAACAACGAAUUAUGUCACAACCUUGACGUCAUGCACAUAGAGAAGAAUGUGUGCGAUAACAUUGUAUUUACCAUGUUGAACGAGAGCGGUAAAUCCAAAGACCACCUGAAAGCUUGUAAAGAUCUCCAGUUGAUGGGAAUCAGGCAUGAUAUGUGGCCACUUGAAGGUGAAAAGUAUCCCGCUGCAGUCUUUACCAUGUCGAACUCACAGAAGGAUGUCUUUCUUAGGACCAUCAAGAAUGUGGUCUUUUCAGACGGGUACUCUAGCAACAUCUCUCGCUGUGUUGACUUAAAACAGCGUAAGUUAUUUGGUUUGAAGAGUCAUGACUGCCAUGUUCUAAUGGAACAUCUAUUACCAAUUGCGUCAAAACACGUAUUUCCCACCCCAGUGUCCACUGUCUUGGCUGAUUUAUCAGCCUUUUUCGGACUAAUAUGCAGUAAAUCCAUAGAUCCUCAACAACUUCCUCUCCUUCAGGAUCGUGUGGUCCAUACUCUGUACGACAUGGAGAUGAUAUUUCCACCUUCCUUCUUCACAGUCAUGGUUCAUCUAACGGUGCAUUUGGUCGAGGAGAUACAUCUUGGUGGCCUAGUGCACUACCGGUGGAUGUACCCAAUCGAGAGGUACCUAUGUCAUCUCAAGCAGUACGUGCGUAACAGGGCACAACCGGAAGGAUCGAUAGCAGAGGGCUACCUAUCCGAGGAGAUUCUCACAUUCUGUUCAAGAUACCUAGAUAACGUCGAGACUAGGAUCAACCGACCGACGCGCGUUGACGACCGGCCGAGCGAUGCUCCGCCGAGCGAGAUUGCCAACAUGUUCCUAGAGGUUGGAAAGGCGGUCGGGGCAGCUUCAUUUUUCACACUAAAACCAACUGAAAAGCUUCAAGCACAUCGUCAUGUACUGGUCACAUUUGGAAGCACCAAUCAUUCGAACGAGUUGCAGUGGCUCGCCUGCAGUCCGAUUGCUCAGGCCAAACGCUAUCAUGUGUACAACGUCAACGGAUUUAAAUUUAGGACCAUGUCGAGGGAGGAAGGAAUGAAAACACAGAAUAGUAGAAUUUAUGUCACUUCGAAUACUAGAAGUUAUGCAAGUAAACGGGAUGCCAAUGUUGCUGUUGGUGGUGUCUCGUAUUACGGGAGAUUAGUAGACAUCAUUAAGCUAAAUUACAAUGGUCAAUUCAAUGUAGUCUUGUUCAAGUGUCUUUGGGCAGAUACCACGUCGGGGAGAGGCAUCCGACAGGAUGUUUUCGGCCACACCUGUGUCAAUUUUGCCACACCAAUUCACACCGGUGAUCGAGAAGACGAUGAGCCGUACAUCUUGGCAUCUGAGGCGCAUCUUGUGUUCUACGUGGAGGAUGAGGUGGAGAGCGGAUGGAGUGUAGUAGUCCGUGUGAAACCAAGAGAGUUGUUUGAUAUGGGCGAAGACUAUGAACAUUGUGAGGUCGACCUUCAUCCACAGUCCUGUAUGACUAGCUUGCCUGAAUUUGAUGUCGAAGGCCUGCGGUUGACAAGAGACGGAGAUUUAGAGGAGUCCAUUACCGACGGGGUUGAAGAUUGUGAUGAGGCAGCCGAUUCCUAA